GUUAACCCUCCCCCUCCUUUUCCCAUUACUUUUCUCUCUUCUUCAAAACUUUUACUCAUUUUUCAAUUAUCUCUUCCCCAACCCCAACGGCCGCCAUACUAGACCGGUUAACACUCCCUGAAUAUUCCGCUCAUUUGCAAGUGUUUGUUAAUUGCUAUAUUCAGCUGACGUGGAAUGUUGCAUACGUUUUGGCUUUAGUUAACGGUGUAGAAACCUGGUGCAUAACAUUGAAUUAUUCCUACUUGAGUUUUGAAUUUUGAUUGUUGUUGAUUGGAGUUAGUUAAACCUAUGGUUGAUAUUGAGAAUUCUUCUUCUGCAAUGGCGGUUUCCGCUACUUCAACUGAAUGUUCAUCAGGUGGUAAUCAACCACAACCUCGUGCUGAGAUACAACCGAUGAAGAAAAAGCGAAAUCUGCCUGGAAUGCCUGAUCCAGAUGCUGAAGUGAUCGCACUGUCACCGACGACGCUACUGGCUACAAACCGAUUCGUGUGCGAGAUCUGCAACAAAGGAUUUCAACGAGACCAGAACCUGCAGCUUCAUCGGCGAGGUCAUAACUUACCGUGGAAGUUAAAGCAGCGAGACGGUAAAGAGAUACGAAAACGCGUUUACGUUUGUCCGGAGAAAACCUGCGUCCAUCACGAUCCGUCACGAGCUCUCGGUGAUCUCACCGGAAUCAAAAAACACUUUUCCAGGAAGCACGGCGAGAAGAAGUGGAAGUGUGAACGCUGCUCGAAGAAAUACGCUGUUCAAUCGGAUUGGAAAGCGCAUAUGAAAACAUGUGGAACCAAAGAGUAUAGAUGCGAUUGCGGCACCUUAUUCUCAAGGAGAGACAGCUUCAUCACGCAUAGAGCGUUUUGUGAUGCGUUAGCACAAGAGAGUGCGAGAUCUCAUACUCAAAACGUUCCAAAUAUCAAUUCCGAUCAUCAAACUCAUGUUGUAGAAGCGGAGAAAGUGGAUGCAGCUGGUAUAUCUCCUCCUCCGCCGCUCACUCCGUCCACCGGUGUACUAUCUCCGGUCCAAUCCGUUCUCAGCUCAGACUUGCCGGAAAAGGCAAUGGGGAUAUUACAACACCAAAAGGUUGCUGUGGUGGAGAUGGAGCCGCCGACGGAGACAUGCUUGCCAUCCGCCACCACAACCACCACAGUUAGCGGUGGCUCAACCACUAGUGGCAACAACAACAACAACCCAACCAAUAGCACCGGAGUAUUCGCAAGCAUUUUUGCAUCAUCCUCCCUCCUUCCAUCGUCUCAAUUAUCUCCGGCGACUUAUUCCAAUCUAAUCUGUGAUGUUACCGGAGCUGACCGGAACACCACAGUAGAACCAAUGUCUCUAUCCCUAUCCUCCUCACUCUACCACUCCACCACCACCCCAUCAUUAUUCCCGCCACCUGAUCAAACCCUCCAACACCACCGGCAGUAUGUACACAGUCAACAACCGGCUCUCUCAGCCACUGCUUUACUUCAAAAAGCAGCUCAAAUGGGUGCCACGUCAUCAAAUACUUCAUUUCUCCAUGCACUCGGGUUAGCACCAACACCAUCACCCGCACCAGCUUCUUCAACCGAUCACUAUCAAGAAGCUAGCAUGGGUCAAUGGAGUAAUGUUCAAGCCAAACAAGAGAGUAACUGCAUCUCAGAUCACUUGCUGAUGGGUCCACCGGCGCCCAGUCCCACCACACUGGAUUUUCUUGGACUGGGGACCGGUUCCUCCAGUGGGUAUUCGGCGUUUUUGAAUACCAUUGGAGGAAGCCGGCUUAACGUGGCCGGUGUUCAGUUCGAGGGAGUGAACACCGGCCAUGAUAAAGACUGGGAUGACUCCGGUGAUAAGAAGCCGAGGCUUCUUUAACCAUCUCUCUCAAUUUUUAAUUGUGAAAGAGAGAGGUUAGAUAACGAGUGUAGUCAAUGGCUUUGUAUGUCUUAUAGUAAGCGCAUGAAUUAAAAUAUAGUCGUAUGUUUUAUGGUUUUGAGUUGUUAAAUAUUUUUUUAUAUAUAGAAAAAUGAGAUUAAGUCGA